UGGCCGUUUCAAGCCUUUCGUAGCCCAUCGCGUCAGUGAGAUUUCUGAGCUGACUGAGGUCAGUCACUGGAGGUGGGUACCUUCAGGACUGAAUGCUGCAGAUGACGCCACAAGGGAGACUGUUGCCGAGGACAACACACGAUGGAUGAAUGGACCGUCAUUUCUACGUGAGCCCAAAGAGACCUGGCCACCAGAUGAUUCUAUCAUAAGUCUGGACCCUGACGACGUUGAGGUUAAGGUUUGCACAAUUACUUUAAUGACUGUAGAGCUACCCGAUGACAGUCGUUUUUCCCGAUACUGGAGACUUAUCAGGAGCACCGCUUGGUUUAUGCGUGCAGUACACAACUGGAUGCACAAGAGUAGCAAGCGACACGGUGAGUUGACAGCCGACGAAGUUAAAGUAGCGGAGCUAAUCUGGAUUAGAGAAAGCCAAAGACGAAUGUUCUCAGACGAUAUAGAAAGUGUCAAGAAAACCGGACAAGUGAAGCGAGAUUCUCCGCUCCGUCAACUUACACCAUUUUUAGACAAGGACGGCAUCCUCCGUGUUCGUGGGAGGAUCUGCAGAGCAGAUGGUGAUAACGAUUUCAGGCACCCUAUAAUUUUGAAUCCAAAAGACAGAUAUGUGAAAUUACAACUUAUGCAGUAUCACGUGGACUCAGCACAUAAUGGACGCGAACGUGUGCUGCAUGAAGUGAGACGACGAUUCUGGAUAAUAAAUGGACGUAAUGCAGUAAAGAUGACAUGGAAUGACUGUCAGUUCUGCAAGAACAGUCGUGCGAAGCCCUCGCCACCACUCAUGGCUGAUUUACCAGAUGUUAGAUUGAAGGAGGUCAGUCGACCUUUCACUUACACCGGGUUAGAUUAUUUCGGUCCAAUCAUAGUGAAGGUUGGACGUAGACACGAGAAAAGAUGGGUAGCACUAUUUACAUGUCUGACAGUUCGCUCUAUCCAUCUGGAGUUGGUUCAUGAUUUGACAACCAGCUCCGUGUUGAUGAGCCUCAGACGGCUGAUAGCGAGACGAGGCUGUCCAAGUAUUAUUUUCAGCGACAACGCGACUACCUUUCGUGGGGCUGACCGUGAACUGAAGCGAGCUGUACAAGCUAUCGACAAAGACGAACUCAUCACCUUCGGUAGCCUCCGACACUUGGAGUGGCGAUUCAUAGCCCCUGACGCACCUCAUAUGGGUGGAUGCUGGGAGCGGCUCGUGAGAUCCGUCAAAACAAGCUUGCGAGUAACGCUCAAGACCAGAACACCUAACGAUCAGACUUUAAUGACACUCCUGGCUGAGGCUGAAUUCAUGGUGAAUUCAAGACCACUGACAUACGUACCUCUUGAUUUUGACGACGACUUGCCCUUGACUCCGAAUGAUUUUUUACUACCAAAAACAGACUUUAUUGACUAUCCUUUCGGAAUGUUUACGGACCAUGAUUUACUGAAACGGACUUGGAGAGAAUCUCAACGACUUGCAGACUUGAUUUGGAAACGCUGGGUCAAGGAGUACUUGCCCACUUUGACACGACGAGACAAAUGGUACAGAGAUUCUGACAGACCACUGGCGAUUGGUGACGUCGUAGUUGUUGUUGACUCCCAGCUACCCCGCAACCAGUGGCCGCUUGGCAAGAUCGAGCAGGUCUUCCCUGGUAAGGACGACAUGGUUCGCGUUGCUAAAGUUCGGACCAGACAUGGACUCUACACAAGACCGGCGACGAAACUGUGCAGAGGGAUUGACGCCAAGCCCGGGUCCACGCCAGCGACUGACAUCGACUUAAUUCUGAGUAAAUUUUCGUUCACGUGUCUCGGGUGUGGACAUCGUGUUAUAUCCAAUCAGAUAUUCGAUGAAGUGAUUUCUGGAUUACACGAAUAUACGGAUAUUUCAAACUUCACUUUUCGCUUCCGUCAGGGCCAGCGACCACCGCUGCCGGCCGUAGUGCGGAGGAUGGUCGCGGUGGUGUCCUUCUGCGAAGACGUGAUGUCGCAGAAGGAAACUGCGGAACGGGAGAGGGAGAUCUCGACUCCCUUACCCGGCCGCAGAAGGCGCACCGGGCACAGAGGAAGAGCGGACAACGCCCUUUUCCGGCCCCCAUGA